CAGUGCAUUCAUCUUCUCAUUGUGCUCAUUGCUUCUUUAAAACCCUUCAAAAACCAACCAGCAGGAUUCAAGAACCCAUUUAGUUUUUCCUCUCCAUCAAUUGCCUACCACCAAAUUUUUCAAUCCUUUAUCUGCUCUUUCUUCAUAACUUAUUUGAAUUCUCUCUCGGAAUCAUGGAUAGUGGAUCUAGGGUUUACAUUUCUAGAUUCCCUAAAAAAACAGUUUCAAAACGACCAAAACCACUUCCCAGGAGAAGCCGGAGACUUCAAGAUAAACCUAAAGAGCAAGUAUUCCCUGAAAUCAACAUGACUAGUGAAGAAGAUGAAGAAGCAGAAGAUGAUGAAGAUAAAACAUGGUCGUGUUCCUCAUCUGAGGAAGAAGAAGAAAAAGAAGAGUUGUGUUCAUCAUCUGAGGAAGAAGAAGUCAGAGAUCAUAAGAAGAAGAACCAGAAAAAAGAAGAAAAAGAAGACAAGUCAUGGUUGUGUUCAUCAUCUGAGGAAGAAGAAGUCAGAGAUCAUAAGAAGAAAAAAGUGGAAAAAGAAGAUAAAUCAUGGUUGUGUUCAUCAUCUGAGGAAGAAGAAGUCAGAGAUCAUAAGAAGAAGAACAAGGGAAAAAAAGAAAAAGAAGACACAUCAUGGUUGUGCUCAUCAUCAGAGGAAGAAGAAGUCAGAGAUCAUAAGAAGAACAACGAGAAAUGUAAGAAACGUAAGUAUUCGAAGAAGACUAAAUAUGAGGAUAGAGAAAUGAGAAGGAGACGACAAAGGGCAAUUGAGAUGGGUGAUGGGUUCCAGUCCGAAAACCCUUUUUUCACAAUUGUUUUACAACCAUCUUACAUCACCCACAAAUACCUGCCUAUACCUGCUUCCUUUGAUCAGACUCACUUGCUAAGCCUCGGAAAAAGAAUUAAAGCUCAUGUUGAGGAUAAAGAAGAGUACUGGCUACUGAGUUUCCCAAAGAAUAGCAAAGGAAGGUUAACUAUUGGAGUUCCAUCUUUUCUGAAAGAUAAUGAUUUGGUUGUAGGAGAUGUUAUAACUAUGGAGAUAAUGGAGGAGAUGACGUCCAUAUACCUUGAUGCCAAAGUUCAUAUUUUUCGUCCUGUUAAACUAAUAUGUUAUUAAGAAGACUUAGUUAAACUACCUUAAUUUCUAUGAAGUAUGGAUUUAAGUUGUUAUAAGUAUGCACUAGAACAUAGUUUUGCUUAAGUUAAUUCAAGAAUGUAGUGAUUUUCACGUUUUAACAACAGGUAUAACUUGUUUUAUUAAACUUACUCUCUAAUAUCUUUA